AUGCCGGAGGAGCAAGAUCUGGCCGAUGGCCGUCAGGAUAGAAAUAAUGACCUGAAUACAUCGCAAGAAAGUAGAAACGAGUUGUCAAGGACCCAUGAACAAUCAGACAAUAUGAGACAAGACAGACAGCGACCACCACUUCAGUAUCGCAGCACCGGAUCACAGCGACCGUCCCGAUACUCUCAACUCAGACGACGACAGACAAACCAGACCAGUCGGACAAACCAAACGAUUCCUUCUCUUGCCGGCCCACGAGAGCCCGACACUAACUCGAUCUACAUUCAUCCAGAGUAUCAUGACAUGAAUCCCGACUAUGGGAAGACCAAUGAAGAGCCGGUUUGGGGUUUAGCAAAACCCCUUCCACGCGUGGUCCGACCAGGCAUGCGUCGCCAUGAUGGCGGUGGGACAACGGAGACGAGCAGGGAAAAGAUGGCCAAGCGGUCUCGAGUCCUCAGUCGCGCCCGGGAUGACACAAUGCUGCAUCAAGAGAUGUCCAAUGCGGACCACCCCGACCGUGUGCCGCGUCCCGUGGAAGACGAGGUAACGGAGGAUGGGAGCAAGGCGUACGGGGGCCAGCCGGAACAUUUCAACAAGUGGUCUAUGGUGCGGCACCAAUUGCGGGAGCCUUUUGCUGAAUGGUUAGGGACUACCGUUGCGAUGUUAAUCGGACUAUGUGCCACUCUGGCAAUAUCCACUGGGGGAAGUGAUGCAGGUAACAAACUCGCUCUUUACUGGGCGUGGGGCCUGGCUAUUACCGUGGGAAUCUAUAUCGCUGGUGGCAUCAGCGGUGGACAUCUCAAUCCGGCUAUUUCCAUUGCGCUAUGGAUUUAUCGAGGGUUUCCAGGCCGGCGCUGUAUCUAUUAUGUGAUUGCUCAGAUUCUGGGGGCUCUUACUGCCGGUGGGCUUGCAUAUUGCAUAUACCGCGAUUCAAUUUUCCACAGCGGUUCCAGCAGUGAUUCCGGCAUCACAAUGGGGGCGACUGGUCUGAGCUUCUAUACCGAGCCCUUGACGUACGUCCGCAAUGUGACGGCCUUCUUCAACGAAUUCGUCGCUGCCGCUAUUCUAAUCUGUACAAUCUUUGCAAUGGGUGACGAUAGCAACGCUCCGCCUGGCGCGGGUAUGCACUCGUUCAUCAUUGGCCUCUUGAUCUUUGUGUUAGCCAUCGGGUUCGGUUACAAUACUGGAGGAUGUUUCAACCCAGCCAGAGACCUUGGUCCUCGCCUCGUGGCCCUGAUGGCAGGAUACGGUGGAAGCACAUUCACCGAACGAGGAGGAUGGUGGUUUUGGGGCGCUUGGCUGGCUACCAUAUCUGGUGCCCUGGCCGGAGGCGCAGUGUAUGACGUUUUCAUUUUUAUUGGAGGAGAGUCUCCGAUAAAUUAUCCGCGUACUCGUCGCCGGAGAUCCAAGCUGAAGAAGGAAGCGAAGUGGCGUAGAAGGCUCAAUCUGGGGCGUCAGAGGCUUCCCAGUAUUGAAGAAGCAAUCAAAGAGCUGGAGGAAUGA